AGGCGUGUCUACAGACGCCCCCAAAUUGUACACACUCCUGCGGCACCAUGUACCGCGCGCUCAGGCUCCUCGCGUGGUCGCGUCGCCUCCUGCGGGCUCCAGCCUUAGCGUCAUCUCCCGGCGUGGGUGGCGCGGCCGUCCUCCCACUCUGGUCCCAGAACGCCGCUCGAAUGGCAAGCCAGAAUUCCUUCCGUAUAGAAUAUGAUACCUUUGGUGAACUGAAGGUUCCAAAUGAUAAGUAUUAUGGUGCCCAGACUGUGAGAUCUACGAUGAACUUUAAGAUUGGUGGUGUGACGGAACGCAUGCCUAUUCCAGUUAUUAAGGCUUUUGGCAUCUUGAAGCGAGCAGCUGCUGAAGUAAACCAGGAUUAUGGUCUUGAUCCGAAGAUUGCUACUGCAAUAAUGAAGGCAGCAGAUGAGGUAGCUGAAGGUAAACUGAAUGAUCACUUUCCUCUUGUGGUAUGGCAGACUGGAUCGGGAACCCAGACAAAUAUGAAUGUAAAUGAAGUCAUUAGCAAUAGAGCAAUUGAAAUGUUAGGAGGUGAACUUGGCAGCAAGAAACCUGUACAUCCCAAUGAUCAUGUUAAUAAGAGCCAGAGCUCCAAUGAUACUUUCCCCACAGCCAUGCACAUUGCUGCUGCUGUAGAAGUUCACGAAGUGCUGUUACCAGGGCUGCAGAAGCUACAUGAUGGGCUCAGUGCUAAAUCCAAAGAGUUUGCGCAGAUCAUCAAAAUCGGGCGGACUCACACUCAGGAUGCCGUUCCGCUCUCUCUCGGGCAGGAGUUUAGUGGUUAUGUGCAGCAAGUACAGUAUGCAAUGGCGAGAAUAAAAGCUGCCUUGCCAAGAAUCUAUGAACUUGCAGCCGGAGGCACUGCUGUCGGGACUGGCCUCAACACCAGAGUUGGCUUUGCUGAAAAGGUUGCUGCGAAAGUGGCUGCGCUCACAGGCUUGCCUUUUGUCACUGCUCCAAAUAAAUUUGAAGCUCUGGCUGCUCACGAUGCUCUGGUUGAGCUCAGUGGAGCCAUGAACACCACUGCUUGCAGUCUGAUGAAGAUAGCAAAUGAUAUUCGCUUUCUGGGUUCUGGUCCUCGGUCGGGUCUGGGAGAGCUGAUCUUGCCUGAAAAUGAACCAGGAAGCAGUAUCAUGCCAGGCAAGGUGAACCCUACCCAGUGUGAAGCAAUGACCAUGGUUGCAGCCCAGGUUAUGGGGAAUCAUGUUGCUGUCACCGUUGGAGGCAGCAAUGGACAUUUUGAGUUGAAUGUUUUCAAACCAAUGAUGAUUAAAAAUGUGUUACACUCAGCCAGGCUGCUGGGGGAUGCUUCCGUGUCCUUCACGGAAAACUGUGUGGUGGGAAUCCAAGCCAACACAGAAAGGAUCAACAAGCUGAUGAACGAGUCGCUGAUGUUGGUGACCGCUCUUAAUCCUCAUAUUGGGUAUGACAAGGCAGCAAAAAUUGCUAAAACUGCACACAAAAAUGGAUCGACCUUAAAGGAAACUGCUAUUGAACUUGGCUAUCUCACAGCACAGCAGUUUGAUGAAUGGGUAAAACCUAAGGACAUGCUGGGUCCAAAGUGAUUCAAAUAAGUUUAUAAUAAAAAUAAACUUGUGUAAAAUUUUAAAAAA